CCUUCCAUUUCACUGAGGCAAGGAUUUUUCCUUUGACGAACUGUUCUAAGAAUACCAUAGUUUUAAAUAUUGUUAUAUUUUGUAUUUUUAAUUUAAAACUAAAAUGUGGUUCUAACUAAAAUAAUAAUAUUUCUAGAAUUAUUUAUUAAAUCGUUGAAUCUUAAAAAUGAACGAAGAAAUGGAAAAAUGUAUUCUUCAAAACAUUCCUUGGACAAAACUACCAGGAUCUAUUAAACAGUGUGUUGGAAAUUCGGCAAAAGAGUAUAAAAAAUGUAUAUCCGUGUAUAGUAUUAAAAACCAACUACGAUAUAAAGGGAAUUUAGUUAAAACUGUUAUAAAAAAUGAACAAAUUUACUACGAAGAUUUAAUGACAUACAGCAGAGAAAAUUUGAUGCUUUAUCCCUAUCAUUUAUCAGAUGUUAUUGUUAAAGGCUUAAGAAUUACACCAUUCCAAUUUUAUAUAUCAAUAGUUAUUCAUGUAAUGGAAUCAGAUAAAAGUUAUGAUUCUAUACCAAACUUUACGGCAGUAGAUUGUUUGCGGCUUUUAGGAAUUGGACGUAAUGAGUAUAUUGAAUUAAUGAACCAAUGUCGCACAAAAAAUAAGAUGUUUAGAAGAAAACAUGAAAUACGGCCAAUGUUACCACCUCAACCGAUAGACAUUAAUGUAGAUUCGUGGUGGACAGUCGAUAUUGGUUGUCUGUAUGAAGAUGACAUUAAGGCAAUCAAUGAUACAGAAAAAAAAAUUAUAGAUUUUAUUAUUGAUAAUGGACAACAACUGGCCGGAACUUUAGAUUACUACAUACUUCAAAGUCUCUACAAAAAAGGACUUGUAUACUUUGACAUACCUAUACACGAUGAUGAUUACAUAAUAGUAUCAACACUUGGCGGUUUUGUUAUGAAUAGGGUUCUUGGAGACAACUUUGAAAAUCUCUUGUAUAAAAUUUUUGUCUCUAUAGACGAACACACUUCAGUUAGUGAAUUAGCUACAAUUCUAGAAAUUGAAUUGGAGUCUGUAAAAAAUGCCGUUUCCUUAUUUUGUCGACUAAAAAUUGCUCAAAAGAAAAAUCUUAAGGUAUGUUCAGACCAUUCUUCUUGGUCACAUUUAAAAAGCAUACCAAACUUAGUUAAUAUGGAAUCGGGGCCAUUACCAUUAGUAGAUAAGCUUUCUACGGUAAUACCUAAUUAUCCAGAAAAUUAUGAAUUAUCCCCUGACAAGAGCAUUACAGAAAAAAGGAUGGCUUUUUUGUUUGAUUCAACACUUACUGCUUUUUUAAUGAUGGGUAACCUUUCUCCUAGUCUUAAAGAUCAUGCUGUCACAUUGUUUGAAGCAGGUAAACUUACAGACGAGGGACUAAAUGCUUUUUUAGAAGAACUAGAUAAAGUAGCUAUUGGUUAUAAUGCUGGUAGUUGUGUUUUUGGAAAUGAAACACCCAGUGCUGGCGAAAGCGAAGGUGAAGCAAGGCGAUAUUUCGAACAUGCUUUAACUCUUAGAAGUACUGUAAAAACGUUGAGGUCAGAAAAUUGUCCUGGCAAACUUGAUCUUAUUCGAUGGGAAAGUCUUAAAUCACUAUCUGCCGAUACAUGUGUUAGAUUUUUAAAAAAAAAUUACAACUUGAUGUUGUCAAUGGCACCUCUCAAUAAAGAAACACCUCUAUUAUCUUCUCCCAAGUUACCACACGUUGGCCCUCCAAUACCUGAAGUAAAUUCAGUUUGGUUUAAACUUUAUUUGUAUCAUAAAACAACGUAUGGACCUCCAUCGUUACUAUUGACCAGAGGUGUACGUUUAUGGAAUGUUCCAAAAAUGUUUAGACAUUGUUCUAAAGUUAUGGUAACAACUUGGGGACACGAUCCUCAUUUUAUACCAAUUGAAAACCUUAUAACUAUUGUGAAUGAUACGUUAAAAGAAUCACCAAUUCUUAUACAAGCGUGUAACCCAAAUACCUGUGUAAUUCCGUUUCCAAAAAUUGAUAGUUUAAAAAAUGAUUAUUCAUUUUUAUAUGAAGAAAAAGUAAUUACAAUGUUAUCAAAAAUUGUUAAUAUUGAAAAUACUUGUGGUUACAUUACAUGUGCAACAGUACCAACUAAACAUGAGAAAGUAAUGAAUAUUGAACAACACACAAAUCCUACACUGAUUUUUCAAAAAAAUGGUGUCUCUCUUUUAAAAGAAGAACUAGAAAAACUUAAUGAUGUACAUUGUACAAAAAAAACACUGAAUUUAGAGUCAGUUUAUGAACAGCCAAAGUGGACAUUACUGGACUGUUGUUUUGGUUUGCCAUUAUUCAAUUCCGAUGUUAAUAAAAAUAUUUGUAAAUAUAUUCUUGACAAUCAAAUGUGGAAAGAUGAAAAUGUUACCAAACUCGUAGAGGCAAAUGAGCUGUUGGCCAAAGAUUUACUACAAUUUAUAGACUUAUUUCAGGAUUCUAAUAAGGAUUAUGAAGAUGUUCUAUCAUUUGACAAGGCGUCUAUAGCAUGGCCAGUAGACUGUUUAGUAUUUAAGAAUGGAGAAUUAACAGAAUGGAAAUAAGCCUUUAUUUGAUUUUUGUAGUCAAGAAACUAGUUUUACAAGCAAAUACUUACAUUCAUGGAUUGCAAUUAUAUAAUUAGACUAAGAAGAACGAAGAAAGUAUAAUGAAGAACAGUCUUAUCAAUGAAAUCAAUAUAAACGCUAUUUACUUUAUAUAAACCCAGUAGAUUGUAUAACGUGCAUUUAAUAAUAUUU